AUGCCUGCUGCCCAUCCUGGAAGAGCGUUGGCUCAGGGCCGGAGCAAGGGACUAGGCCACUUGUCCAAAGCAGGCUUCGCGUCGGCGCCAAGUCCUUCGCUUGGCUAUUUCCUUCUGGAAAGGCUCCAGAAACGUUCUCGUUUGAUCGGCCUAGGCGCGAUAUUGACCCGCCACGGAGCCAUGUCGCUGAGCCGCAGGAGAAUGUCACUAUCCCUCCUGGCCUGCGGUCUCAAUCGCCACCUUGGAAGGGCUGAGAUGCGACGUCGCAAAGAGUGCUGUGUCAUAUUACCGUCAGUGACAACCGCGCCCAAAUUUGGUCGCUUCGUUCUCGGACAUGUCGCAUUUUGCACAAGAUCAGUGAUCGCUGCAAGCCUUCCGCGCAUGCUCCAAGGAAACGGAAGCUCCCACAAUUUGCCAGAAUGCACGCUCUACGCUGCUGCCAAUAAGAUAAUUGCAUUUCUGGGAAGUGAGCUGAUUCGCCCGGCCACGCCUCAAUUCCUCGUCCUCCCGCCGGGCGAUAUUGACAGGGGUUGCGACAGCAGAGUGAGACCGAGACAGGACCUCCGAGCAGGAUGA